CCCACCAUGUGAUCUCGGAGGCCAAGGGCCCUUGCUACCGGGUCCUGCGGGACGGCGCCUGCUCCCUGCCCACCCUGCGCAACAUCACCAAGCAGAUCUGCUGCUGCAGCCGCGUCGGCAAGGCCUGGGGCUGGGGCUGCGAGCGCUGCGCGCUCUUCGGCUCCGAUGGCUUCAAGGAGAUCUGCCCAGCGGGUCCUGGCUACCACUUCUCCGCCUCUGACCUACGCUACAACACCCGUUUCCUGGGCUCCGACCUGCCCCGUGUGCCCGUCAGCCGCCAGCAUGGGGGGCGCACGCCUGCCCCACCCGCCCUGCCCGCCACGUCUGGUGGGAGGGGGCAGGGGGCAGACCCCAAUCACCCCCCAUUAUCGGCAGAGCCCAGCAGUGUGUGUGAGCGGAACCCUGAGAUCUGCGGCCCGGGGCGCUGUGGCCCCCGCCAAGGCGGCUACACCUGCCUCUGUCACCCCGGCUUCUGGCUCAGCACCCAGGGCACCCACUGCAUCGACAUGGACGAGUGCCGGCAGCGCCCGCGCCCCUGCGCCAACGGGCGCUGUGAGAACACGGUGGGGAGCUUCCGCUGCAUCUGCGCCCCCGGCUACCGCGCUGCCCUGCCGGGCCCCGAGUGCCGAGACAUCGACGAGUGCUCCCAGAGCCCCCGCCCGUGUGGCCAGGGCCGUUGUGAGAACACGCCCGGCUCCUACCGCUGCGUCUGCCCUGCCGGGUACCGGCCCAACCCCCCUGGCACCAGCUGCACCGACAUCGACGAGUGCGCCCAGAUCCCCCGCCCGUGCGCCCAGGGCCUCUGCGAGAACACGGCCGGGAGCUACCGCUGCACCUGCCCCCGGGGCUUCCGCGCCAGUCCAGCCAGCACUGAGUGCCUGGACCUGGACGAGUGCCGGCAGAGCCCCCAGCCCUGUGAGCCUGGGCGCUGUGAGAACGUGGCUGGCGGGUACCGCUGCAUCUGCCCUGGCGGCUUCCGGCCCAGCCCUGCGAGCACCGAGUGUGUGGAUGUGGACGAGUGCCGGCAAACCCCGCGGCCCUGCAGCUACGGGCGCUGUGAGAACACGCCUGGCAGCUAUCAGUGCGUCUGCCCGGCCGGCUUCCGGCUCGACCCCCAGCAGCGCCACUGCCAGGACAUUGACGAGUGCUUGACAGGCUCGCCCUGCGGCCCCCACGGCCGCUGCUCCAACACCAAGGGCUCCUUCCGCUGCGAGUGCAGCCAGGGGUACCGGGCGGGCGCGCCAGGGGGCCCCUGUGCAGAUGUCAACGAAUGCCUGGAGGGCGAGUUCUGCUUCCCGCACGGCGAAUGUCUCAACACUGAUGGCUCCUACACCUGCCUGUGCGCCCCGGGCUUUGCCCCCGCGCCCAGCGGCACCACCUGCCUCGACGUGGAUGAGUGCCAGCGCGGGGGUAUGUGCGAGGGCGGGCGCUGUGCCAACACAGAUGGUUCCUUCGACUGCCACUGCCCAGCUGGCUUCCGCACCGGCCCUGACAAGCACGCCUGCCAGGACGUUGACGAGUGCCAGGAGUAUGGGGGAGCCCUGUGUGGGGUGCAGCGCUGUGAGAACCAGCCCGGCUCCUACCGUUGUGUCCCCACCUGUGAGCCAGGCUACCGGGCCGGUACUGCCGGGGCCUGUGUCGACGUUGACGAGUGCCAAGAGUAUGGGGGCGCCCUUUGUGGGGCACAGCGCUGUGAGAACCAGCCCGGCUCCUACCGCUGCAUCCCCGCCUGCGAGCCAGGCUACCGGGCCGGUGCUGCCGGGGCCUGCAUCGAUGUGGACGAGUGUGCGAACAGGACACUGUGCGGGGACCACGCCAUGUGCCACAACCUGCCCGGCUCCUUCCACUGCCGCUGCGACCAGGGCUAUGAGACUGCCCGUGAUGGGCACCACUGCCAGGCCCAGCCCCCUGGCCGCCUGCCCGUCCCCCAGCCCGAGCCUGGAGCGCACAUGCGGGACCCCAGCCGCCAGGAGUGCUACUACCAGGCCUGCGAGAAGGUGCUGGCCAGGAACGCCACCCGGCAGGAGUGCUGCUGCAGCCUGGGCCAUGCCUGGGGCCCAGCCUGCCCGGCCCAGCCCUGCCCCGACCCGGGCACAGUGGAGUACCAGGCCCUGUGCCCCCGUGGGAACGGCUACGCCGCAGCAGGACCCCUCGGCGCGCUCACAGACAUGGACGAGUGCGCGCUCUUCAGCACCCAGCUGUGCCGGGGGGGCGUCUGCGUCAACAAGGCCCCCGGCUAUGCCUGCUACUGCCCCAACGGCUACUACUACGAGACGCACCACCUGGAGUGCAUCGAUAAUGACGAGUGCCGUGAUGAGGAGGCAGAGCCCUGCGUUGGGGGGGGCUGCGUGAACACCAUCGGCUCCUUCUACUGCGCCUGCUCACCCCCCCUUGUGCUGGACGGGUCCCAGCGCCGCUGCGUAGCCAACGACAGCCAGGCCCUGGACGAGAACCAGGCCGUGUGCUGGCAGGCGGUGGGGCCGGACCUGGUCUGCAGCCGCCCGCGCCUCGACCGGCAGGUCACCUACACUGAGUGCUGCUGCCUCUACGGGGAGGCCUGGGGCAUGGACUGCGCCCUGUGCCCUGCCCGAGACUCAGAUGACUUUGAGGCACUGUGCAACGUGCUGCGCCCCCCCAGCUACGGCCCGGCCCGGCCUGGCCUGGGCCUGCCCUAUGAAUACGGCCCGGAGUUCGUGCCCAGCUACGGGCUGCCCUACGGCCCUGAGCUGUUCGCUGGCUCCGCGGCACGGGGGCCCCAGCCUGGCCUGCGCCCUGACUACGACCCCUACGCCCUGGGGGGCUACGCUGGCCGCCGCGACUCUCUCUACGGCCCCUCCACCUAUGAGGCCGGCGACUUCGAGGACUUGGCCUACGUGGAUGCCCGCCCGGAGGAGCCACCCGCCCCCUACCAGCGCCCUGACCCCCCCCGCACCUACCGGCCCCGCAGCCCUCCGGACCCUGAGCCCGGCCCCUCCUGGCAGUACUCCCCCCAUCCUGCCAGCCCCUUCCCCGAACAGCCGGCCCAGGCCAGCGAGACCCACACCGGCGCUGCGGCCGAGGAGUUGGCGGUCCUGAACGGCUGCCUGAGGAAUGGGCGGUGUGUUGCGUGCCCCACGGGCUUCACCUGCCGCUGCCGACCCGGGCUUCCGCCCCCCUCCACGGUCACAUGGCCUGCCUGGGUGAGCCCCGCCCCACGGCCAGCCCCCCUCCACGGUCACAUGGCCUGCCUGGAUAUCAACGAGUGCGCCGAGGCCGAAGGCCCCCCCACGCUCUGCCUCAACGGGCGCUGCAUCAACAUGGACGGCUCCUACCGCUGCCUCUGCUCCCGCGGCUACAUCCUGAGCCAGCCCCCCAACUCCUGCGUCCCUGCCAGGCCCCGGGCCUGAGGGGCAGCUGGAGAGCCCGUGCUGGGGGGCGGGGGCAGGGAGGUAUUUAUUGUGUGGCUCUUGGGCUGCCCAUCCCCGCAACAGGGGGCAGGGGCCCCCAGGAGGUGAGUCCCCAGGGGUUGGGGCCAAGCGAUUCCCCCCUGGAGCAUGAACCUCGGUCUGUGCUAAGCCCAGCCUGCCCCCGGGCUCAGGGAGCGACUCCAGCCGGCAGCACUAGGAGGCUGUUACCCUGAGACCUCUCCAGCAGGCUGACCCCGGGGCAG